AUGCGGCCCAGGAGUGCCUUGUCCUCUUUCGAGGCUAAGAAGGCCUACUUCGGUAAUGACUUUGCCGACUUGAAGAAGACCAUCAACUCUUCUACUAUUCAAGAAGAUGAACAACCACGAUUCGACCGUCACAGAUCUUGGCAAAAUGCUUCCUUCUCGUCGACAGCUGAGACAGUCGUUGGUAAUGACGAACCUGAGCCACUCAAAGAUUUCUCUACUCUCCAUAUCGAGAACCCCUUGCCCCCCUUACCACCCAAGAUCAUCGAUGAGCCCCUCUUCCCCUCACACACAGAAAACAUCACUCCUUUGUUCAACCUCAAAGCCGCACCUGCACGCAAUCCCCUUCAUGCAGUCACCAUCGAAGAUGAUGAUGACAACAUUUGUCCCCUUGAGAAAGACCCUAAGAAAGCUGCCCCUACGGUGUCAGUUACUGAAAAGCCUGUACAAGUCACACCCAUGCAUGCCAACAGCACUGUCGAGACAUGCGGCUACCCUGAGAUUGAGGACCCUGUCGAUCCUGCGCGGAUCCUCUCCAAAAAAGAUCUAUUCAACCAAAGAGUGGCGUUUAUGGGCCUGGUCGUCAUUAUCAACAUCUGCAUGGCUAUCACUGCUUUCUUUGGAAAGAAGAGCAAACUUGUCUUUAUUGUCGUUUUAUUUGUCAAAAGUAAAGACUUCUUGUCGGCUAUUUUAUCACCUACGGGGAUGAUCUACCGUGCCAUCUACGAGAAGUUCUACCCACCCGGGCCUGUCACCCGACGGUGGAUUCUUUCUCUUAUCCCUGCCUACUCCGAGAGCGAGGAGCAAAUUGUCAAGACGAUCUUCUCCCUACGGGAUAACGGCGUCGAACCUCACCGCCAGGUAAUGGUUGUCAUUUUAGAUGGGAAGCCUCGCGACGUGCGAUCACAUAUGAUUCGCAUGGUCCGCGAGUUUCAGCGCCCGUAUGUGUCUCUGAAAUGGAAGAAGGGUGUCUUGAACAUCCUCGCUGGCUUCAUGGAAGACGUCCCUGUCAUUGUCAUUGAGAAGGUCAAGAACGCUGGUAAAAAGGACUCUCUUGUCCUUUGCCACGAUCUCUUCAACUACCCUCGUGAAAAUUCUCCACUAUACACACAACUUCUACGGAAGGAGAUGUGGGAUGAGAUUCUGCCCGAGUUGACCAAGGGCGAGGAGUUUAAUGGGUUCGAUAUGGUGUUUUGCACAGACGCUGAUUCGACUAUUUACAAGGGUGCUGUUGCGCUCCUAGCUAAUGCUCUUGCGCGGGACAAGGAUGCUAUCGCCGCCUGUGGUCUUGUGCUAGUUGAGCUAGAACCAGGCUAUGAGUGGUCCUUCUGGAAUCUCUAUCAACAGUUUCAGUACACCUUUGGACAAUAUGUUAGAAGGCGAGCUGAAGGCUUUGUUGGGAAAGUCACUUGUCUGCCUGGUUGUAUCACCAUGAUGGCCGUUAGACCAGAAAUGGCUGGUGCAAUUCGCAAGUACUCUGAGCCUGUGACUGGUGAGCUGGUCAUCCAUCACCAAGUCCAAUAUCUCGGUACUGACCGAAGGCUUACCUACUCCAUGCUCUCCCAGGGCAAACAUCUCCGAACACUGUUUGUCCCUGAUGCCGUUAGCGAAACGGUAGCUCCGCAAUCCCUCUUCCACUACCUGAGUCAACGGCGUCGAUGGGGCUCUAAUGCCUACUUUAACAAUUAUUUUUACCUUGCUGGCGAGAAGAUGAUUCCCAUCACUCGAAUUGCUGCCUCUAUCGAGGUUAUCCGCCUGAGCCUUGUGUACUACCGUAUUCUCAACACCGCACUAUUCAUUGCUAGCUGUGUCCGUCACAUCACAGCUCUCAAGCUGGUCCCUAUGCUGGUCGUUGGCCAACUACCGUCACUAUGGUUCUUUUGUUCAAUCCUCCUCGAGCCUGUAUUGCGCAAGCGAGGACAUAAACUUCUCAUUGGAUAUCUUAUCAACAAAUGCGUUUCGCCUUUUAUGAGCGUUAUUAUUUUUACAAAAGUUGCUACAAAUCUGGGAAGCCAGGUAUGGGGCGUGUCUGGAGUCACAGCCUCAUCAGCAGCUCCUCCUACUGCUGCGCCUGGAAGUGGAGAGGUAGACAAGAAGAUCGUGACAGAUGCACUUGAUGCUGCUGAAAGAGGAGAGGUGGUCCCGUCAAUGAAUCAAGAUACUGGAGGCCUCACUAAACCAGAACGUGCUCGUCUGAGAGAUGAGCGUGUUGAAGUUGAGUAG